GUUUCAGAAAAACAAAGUGCUGGUGCUUUAUGAGAAAGUGUGAAGCAUUCAGCUACAGGUAUACAGUUACAGUAAGUAUUUUCUUGCCUCUUUUUGCUCACGCAUGUACUUUAAUAUUAUUGAUAGGGGGUCAGCAACAGUGCCUCGGUUAUUUUGGUUAUUAUGAUCUGUUUAAGGCAAAUUAAUACACAUUCAAGUGUAUUCUAGGGAGUAAUUGUUAUAUUUUUAGACAGGGAUUGUUUCUGGCAAGCCGUUUUAUUUGAGUGACACAUUUUGUUUUACUUUGGUAACUUUAAUAAAGGCUUGGCAGAUCAAAUAAUAUUUCUUCACUUUUGUACAGUCACUUGCUAAAAACAAAAGUCAUACUUUUGGUUCCUACUUUUUGGGGGGAUGGUCACAGAGUUUAGUUUCAUUUUUGUUUUUCUCUCUGCCAACCCAAAGUUGCUCCCGGUGGACAGGCAAGUGCCUUCCAUGGCAGCUCUGCGACUAUUGUUGUGUGUGUGUGUGUGUGUGUGUGUGUAAAUAGGUGAAAGAGACUCAAAAUGGUAAAGUGAAGAAAAGUUUACAAGAAAAAGUGUUACAUGAAUGCAGUUCAUUUAGCAUGUAUUCCCUCCUGUUCCCCGAAAAUAAAAAUUUUGUUUUUUCAUCCUGCCUCGCCUGCCUCUGAUAGUGUUUCAGACAUGGCUACUCUGGACAACUCUAUGGAUGAGGCUCGGUUCACCUGCUCUAUCUGUCUACAACUCUUCACUGACCCAGUGUCCACACCCUGUGGACACAACUACUGUCAAAGUUGUAUUGAGGAGUACUGGAACAGCAGUGAUUAUUGCAAGUGUCCCCUGUGCUAACAGACAUUUCCGAUAAGACCUGUGCUUCGUAUCAACACAUCGUUCAGAGACGUUGUAGGUAUUUUUCAGAUGAUGAACGUCAGUGACGAUGAGUCUGUCGUCAGGCCGGGGGAGGUGGCGUGUGAUGUCUGCGUUGGGAGGAAGCUCCGGGCUCUGAAGUCCUGUCUGGUGUGUCUGACCUCCUACUGUGAGACCCACCUGGAGCCUCACCAGAGAGUGGCCGGUCUGAAGAUCCACAAGCUGGUCGACCCAGUGGAGAACCUGGAGGAAAGGAUCUGCAUGAAUCACCAGAGGCUCCUGGAGAUGUUCUGUAAGACUGACCAGAAGUUUCUGUGUCAAAUGUGUUGUGAGGCAGAACACAAACAACAUAAUGUUGUGCUUUUAGAUAUUGAGUCCAGAAAUCAAAAGAUCUCCACUCGGAAAAUAACAGAUGAUUCAAAACAAGCUACAAAAAAUGGAGGAGAUCAAUCAAUCAGUUGAUAUUACCAGGAUGAAUGCAAAGAAAGAGUUGGAGACCUGUGACCAGGUCUACACUGCUCUCAUCAACUCCAUUGAAAAGAACCAGGCUACACUCAUUGGGGAGAUAACGGAGUAUAGAUAGCAGCAGAGACUAGAGCUGAAGGCCUCAUCCAAGAUCUGGAGAAGGAGAUUGCGGAGCUUCAGAGGAGAAGCACAGAGCUUAAUGACAUCUUACACACUGAGGACCACUUCCUUGUCCUAACGGUGGGGAAGUAUUGUUUUUUCCAUAUAAUUCAUUUAUCAGAUGCGUUCUUUCGAAGCUAUAUACAAUUGGUGCUUGGAGAAAGUAUAGGAGAUUAUCAAGGGCCAGAAGGUCAUUGUUCAAGCAGUUUUUAAGAGGCCGGAUUUGGGUGGUCUACUUAAAAAAUAUUGAGGAAUCACAAACAUGCAGUCACUUGUAAUGAAUACCAGAAGUUCUACAUCCAAUGAUCUCAUUCAACAGGGAUUCAGUCAAAGUUGUCACCAGCCACCACCAAUUAAAGAUUGGACGAACAUCCAUGUUGGCCAAGAGGAUUUCUUGAGCUGUGUCAGAAAUGCUUUGUGUGAGGUGGAGGGUUUGGUCAGGAGUCAAGUUAAUCAGCUUUCAGCCACUGAAUUGAAAAGGAUGCAGCAUUUUCCAGUGGACAUUACGCUAGAUCCCAACACUGCAGGACCGUGGGUCAUCAUCUCUGAAGAUGGAAAGCAAGUCAAAAAGUUACCAAGGGCACGCAAG